GGUCGUGCUCCUCCCUCCGGUCUCGAUCGAAGGCUGCUCGUCGGCAGACAUGGCUCUCAGCUCUGCUUCUGCAACUGACUCCAGCUGGUGGGUCGUCACACUCCCCGCCUACCUCGGCGCUGACUCGCUCCACUCCGACGCUCCCGUCCUCCUCUUCGCCCUCCUCAUUGCGUUUGUCACCGCCGGCCUCCUCUCCUCGGCCCUGUCGUCGGGCGGCCCUGCCUGGACGCACGGCCGCGCCCACCGAGGUCCCGUCCCCAUACCGGGACCCCGAGGCCUCCCCGUCCUGGGUUCUCUCCUCGCGCUCGCCGGACCCCUCCCCCACCGCACCCUCGCCGCCCUCGCGCGGUCCAUCAGUCGGGCCAAGUCCCUCAUGGCUUUCUCCAUCGGCUCCACUCCCGCCGUAGUCUCCUCGAACCCCGCCAUCGCCCGCGAGAUUCUCUCCCACUCCUCCUUCGCCGACCGACCCAUCAAGCGCUCCGCCCGCGAGCUCAUGUUCUCCCGCGCCAUCGGCUUCGCCCCCAGCGGCACCUACUGGCGCCUACUCCGCCGCAUCGCCUCCUCCCACCUCUUCGCCCCCCGCCGCAUCGCCGCCCACGAGCCCGGCCGCCAGUCCGACUGUGACGCCAUGCUCUCCGCCAUAGCCUCUGAACAGCGUCGCUCGGGCUUCGUCGCCCUCCGCUCCCACCUCCAGAACGCGGCGCUCAACAACAUCAUGGGCGGCGUCUUCGGCCAGCGCUACGACGUAUCUCGCCCAGGCGGCGAUCCGGAGGCGGAGGGGCUCAAGGCCAUAGUGAGGGAGUGCUUCGACAUCCUCGGGGCCUUCAACUUUUCCGACCACCUCCCAUGGCUGCCAAGCUUUUUCGACCCCAACAGCAUCAAGAGCCGCUGCGCCACCCUCGUGCCUCGCGUCCGCGAGCUGGUGCACAGCAUCAUCUCCGAGCACCGCCGCCGCGGGCCCAUCCUCAACCGGGAUAGCGCCGACUUCGUUGACGUCCUCCUGUCCCUCGACGGGGACGAGAAGCUCGAUGACGACGACAUGAUCGCCGUGCUUUGGGAAAUGAUCUUCCGCGGAACGGACACGACCGCGCUGCUAACGGAAUGGGCCAUGGCCGAACUGGUGCUGCACCCUGAGACGCAGGCCAAGCUCCGCCGAGAGAUCGACGCCGUCGUGGGGCGCGGCGGCCGCACCCCGACCGACGCCGACGUGGCGCGGAUGCCUUUCCUGCAGGCCGUGCUCAAGGAGACUCUCCGCGUCCACCCGCCCGGCCCGCUCCUCUCCUGGGCCCGCCUCUCCACCGACGACGUCCACCUCAGCAACGGAAUGGUCGUCCCCGCGGGGACCACCGCCAUGGUGAACAUGUGGGCCAUCACCCAUGAUCCGGCGGUCUGGGAUAAGCCCGAGUCGUUCCGGCCCGAGCGAUUCGUAGAGGCGGAGGGCGGCGUCGACGUGGACGUGCGCGGCGGCGACCUGCGCCUCGCGCCUUUCGGCGCCGGCCGCCGCGUCUGCCCCGGGAUGAACCUGGGCCUCUCGACCGUCGCUCUGUGGGUGGCGCGGCUGGUGCAGGCGUUCGAGUGGGGCCCGGCUGCAGGUGCUCCCGUCGACCUGGAGGAGGUGCUGAAGCUGUCCAUGGAGAUGAAGACCCCUCUGCAAGCGGUCGCCUACCCCCGUGGCGCCGACGACCUCGCCGGGGAGGCCUAAAGUCCCAACCAAGGCGAGGCAAGGAGACGAUCACUGACUCGAACGAAGUAGCAUUCCUAAAUCGUAUGGCACUUCAAUUGAGAUAGUUAAUUAGAUGAUGAAACGAAGGAAGGCAGGCAGGCGUUCAAGCUCCCCAUUUUGGCCAUGCACCGGGUCUUGAAUUAGCUCCUUCUUCUCCUCCUCCUCCUCCUUCUUCUUCUUCUGCUGUUGUAUCUCGAAAUAAUUAGCAGUGAUCCGUCGUUAAUAAAUGAUUUUUUUUUAAACACUUAUGAUUACUAUUAUUCAUGAUC